AUGGGCGCGUGCCUUUCUAACGCCACCAAAGUGACAGGUUGCAGCAGCAGAACCGCCAGAUCGGCCGCCACCGAUGCUGCGCGGCAGCAGAAGGAUAAGCCGCCGCGGGAGGGGAAGAGCCCGUCGACGAGGCAGGAUCAUCAUGAGAAUCAGCGGCAGAGGGAGAAAGAUCAAGGGAGGAGGACGAACGGGAUUAUUCCCUGCGGGAAGAGGACGAGUUUUGGAUAUGGCCGGGAUUUUCAGAGCAGGUAUUGUAUCGGGAAGCUUCUGGGGCGCGGGCAGUUCGGUCAGACAUUCGUUGCGACGGAUAAAGCGAAAGGGGAUAAGGUUGCCGUGAAGAGAAUUGACAAGAACAAGGUAAAUCAGCGGUUUCUUCUGCGCCUGGUUCUCAGUAAUGACAAGUUCCCGGGAAUUCCUCUCUCUACUGGAACGAAUUUAGCCUUCCGCUCUAGUUCUUUGGAUUAGUUCGACUCUUCGAAAUCAGAUCGUCCGUGAGGAUUCCGAUUGCGCCUACGCGACGUGAAAUCACAUUUCAAACGUAUUUAUUCAAACUUUGGAGAAAUACGCCGGUGAUCGGGCUACAGACGGGAUCCCCCUCCCCUCCCUAGAAAGUCUAGGUGCUCGUAACGAUGUUCUUGAGUUACAGUUCCGGAUUUCUCGCCUCCAACGAUUAAGGUUUAGUCAAUUCAAUUCAGAAUAGAUUAUCCUUUCUCAGCCUUAUACGAUCAAAUCGACGGGAUGGUUUCAUUGUUGUUCUCGAGUGAAGAGUCGUACAUAUUUCUCUGGGUCCUUUCUUAGCAAUCAAUGAUCAUGGCAGCUACUAAAGUACUAAAAUUAUAUAAUCUUACAUAUCUCAAUUGCUGAAAAUUUAUAUACGACUCAAUUUAUACGCGUUGCUCUUAUUAAAAAACUAUAUAAUUAUCUAAAUUCCUCCUGUUUUGUGGCAGAUGAUUCUUCCAAUCGCUGUUGAGGAUGUUAAGAGAGAAGUAAAGAUUCUGCAAGCUCUGACCGGGCACGAGAAUGUUGUUCAGUUCCACAACGCCUUUGAAGAUGAUUCUUAUGUGUAUAUAGUCAUGGAGUAAGCUUUACUUGUUUUUCCUCUAAUACUGGUAGUAAACCUAGUUUUAUUUUUUUGGUUACUCCGCAAGAAAAAAAACAUUUGUUACUGCCAAAAUUUGGACUGUAUUUCUUAAAUGAUUGUGAUUCUGGAACAAUUUUCUGAAUACAUCCUACUACUGGACAUUGUUUGGACUUCCUUUCAGAACCGGCCAAUUUUUGCAUCUGAUAUCAAACAGAUUAAUUCGGAAGAAGACUUGUUCAGGGUGUGGGAUUUAUCAUGAGCAUUCAUUUCUGGGAAAAAAAAUAUGAAAUAAUUUUCUAGGACCAUGUUGGGGCAUAUUAUCUUAGCAUCCAACCAGGCUCUAAUUUGUAUAUAAUUUCUUCGAAUAUACUGCCGAAAAGGGAAUUCUGACCACCUCAAACUCUCUGUUUUAAAUGUUUUUUUAUUUUUUCUACAUCAAAUAUCAUGAUUACUGUUUAUAAAUGAAAAUUUCAGAUUUUCUUGGUGCUUUAAGAAGGGUAAAAUAGUAAUUCAAUGUCUAGUAUAUGUUGGGAUGUCUUCUAGGUAAUGGUGUAGAAAGAAUUGUCAUUGGUUGUAGAUUCCGAUGGGUUUCUCUCUCUUCUGGUUUUCAGAUAUUUUAAUGGCAAAUGAUGAAUUCGCACCAGUUUCUGUUCAACAUACUGACAGUGCCUUUUAUUAGGUUGUGUGAAGGCGGAGAGCUACUGGAUCGGAUACUGGCCAAGUAAGCCCCCUCACGAUCCUCUGCUUCUUUUGGGAAUCACUUAUUACAGAAGAAAUCAAAGAGGAUUGAAAUGGAAAAUCUCUACAGAAGAGUAGACCAUCUAAAUCCAAAGUUGACUUUUGGUUCUAUCCUUUGAAGAUGUGUCAUGGGAUGACGCACUAGAGGCAACUAUGCUGUUGCAGCUAAAAAUUUUAUCUAUUUUUUUAUCUGAAAAAAAAUCAUUUAUCUUGUCUCUAAUCAUCCAAAUGAACCCAAAACCUCCCAAAACAGGAAAGAUAGCCGGUACACGGAGAAAGAUGCCGCAAAAGUGGUACGGCAGAUGCUGAAGGUUGCAGCCAAAUGCCAUCUACACGGAUUAGUACACCGAGACAUGAAACCCGAGGUAGAGCACAAACUCUUUCAUGGACUUUUAUAUAUAUAUAUAUAUAUAUAUAUAUUAUUUCUGUUUAUAAGUACCCAUUUUUCGCACGAUGACCGAAUAAUAUUUAAAUCUCCAGAAUUUUCUUUUUAAAUCGACGAAGGAGGAUUCGCCACUCAAGGCAACAGACUUCGGCCUGUCGGAUUUCAUAAGGCCAGGUUUGCCCGGGAAAACAGAUCCAUUUCUCUCGUAUUAUCCCUCCAAGCUCCUUAUUAUUCACUUGACGUGAGCCUCCAUAUUUAACGCAGGGCAGAGAUUCCGUGACAUUGUGGGUAGCGCCUACUACGUUGCUCCAGAGGUUCUGAAGAGAAAAUCUGGGCCCGAGUCGGACGUCUGGAGCAUCGGCGUCAUCACCUACAUCCUGCUCUGUGGAAAACGACCCUUUUGGGACAAGACUGAGGAUGGAAUCUUCAAGGAGGUUUUUCUUCCAAUCCUUCAAUCCUCGGCGUUCCCCACUUUUUUUUCAUAGAAAUUCAGACAAUAUUGACUGCGAUAUGCAGAGCAUGAAGAACAAGACUGACUAUGAUCAUGAAUAUAAUUAUAAUAAUAAUAAUAUUCCACUGCAAUAUCCAGGUCUCGAGGAAUAAUCCCAACCAAGAUCGUGACUAGGACUAUAAUUGACUGAAAUAUGCAGGUCUUGAGCAAUAAACCCCACCAUGGUCAUAAUUAGUACUAUAAUUAGAUGCAAUGUGCAUAUCAUGAGGAGUUGACCAGAUAAUAAUAAUUAUAUACAUAUAUAUAUAUAUACUAUUAUUUUGUUAUAAUUGGCUGUAACGUGAAGGUCGUGAGGAAUUCAUUAUAGUCCACUGUAAUAUGCAGGUCCUGAGGAACAAACCCGACUUUCGGAGGAAGCCAUGGCCGAGCAUCAGCGCCAGUGGGAAGGACUUCGUGAAGAAGCUCCUGGUGAAGGAUCCUCGCGCAAGGUUGACCGCCGCUCAAGCACUGUGUGAGUGUCUCUACCGCCACCCCCUUCCUCGCAGGAAAAAAAAAAAAAACAGAAGGCAUUAUCAUUGCACAUGGCAGUUUUUUUUUUUAAUUCUACAUUAUAUUAAAUGACGACGUAUUUUUUUAAUGAUUUAUGAAGAAUAUUUAACUCUGCCUCUCAAAGAGAUGCAGCCGCUAUGAUUUCUUCAGAGUUUUCUAAUUACCCCCAUUUUGAUUAUUAUUUACCAGCACACCCCUGGGUGAGAGAAGACGGUGAUGCGUCAGAGAUCCCCCUGGACAUUUCCGUCUUAGGCAGCAUGCGGGAGUUUGUGAAGUACAGCCGGAUGAAGCAGCUGGCGCUCCGGGUGGGUUGACUUUUUGUCACCGAGAAGUAGGAUAUGACUUACGGUUGACACCUGAUUCCGAGAGUUGACUCUGGACAGGCCCUGGCGAGCACUCUCAAUCCGGAGGAGCUGGCGGAUCUCCGCGACCAGUUUAAUGCCAUCGACGUGGAUAAGAAUGGAUCCAUCAGCCUCGAGGAGAUGAGACACGUGAGUCGUCCGGUUGACAUUGUUCAAUUAUUUUGUUUAUCUCUCUCUCUCUCGUUGACUUAUUGGGUUAAAUUAGUUAAUUUUAGGUUGAAUAUAAUGGAUAUCAUCUGGAUCCAUUCUUAUCUCCUUCGACCGCAGGCACUGUCGAAGGAUAUCAUCUGGAGGUUGAGGGAGCCACGUGUCCUUGAGAUCCUCCAAGCGGUAAAUUCUGCACGUGAAUCAUACAUAUCAUUAUCUCCCCGUUGAAGAAACUGGAUUAUAUAUAUGUACUUUGGAUCUCGCUGACCGUGGGGUUGGCGGGCAGAUUGACAGCAACACGGAUGGACUGGUUGACUUUGACGAGUUUGUGGCGGCGACCUUGCACGUGCAUCAGAUGGAGAAGCACGACUCCAGGAAGUGGCUCUCUCGCUCGCAGGCUGCUUUCGAGAAGUUUGAUGUGGACAGAGAUGGCUUCAUCACACCCGAGGAGCUGAGAAUGGUGAGUCUGAAGGACCAACUUACCCCUCCCUCCAUACUCUCUCUCUCUCUUCUCUCUCUCUUCAUGCAUUCAGUAUAGCGAAGGGCCCAAGACUCUCUCUCUCUCCUUCUCGCCCUCUUCUCUCUCUCUCCCUCUUCAAAAUGUGACUGUAAUUAAAGGCUCCAAGUAUCUUCCUCUCUCUCUCCCCCCCAUCUCCUCAUGCCUUCAGGGCAGUUUUUGCAGUGAUGGGUCAGACUCUCUCUCUCUCUCUCGCUCUCCUCUCCUCUUUCUUUUUGCAUUCGGGGCCCCCUCCCUAUCUCUCUCUCUUUCUGCCUUUCCCUCUCCUCUUUCUCCGUGCAUUCGGUUGGUGACUCUAGUCAAAGGCUUCAACUAUGUCCGCCCCCCCCUCUCUCUCUCUCUCUCUUCAGGCAUUCAGUAUAGCGAAGGGCCCAAGACAGUCUCUUUCUCGCCCUUUUCUCUCUCCCUCCCUCUUCGAAAUGUGACUGUAGUUAAAGGAUCCAAGUAUCGUCCUCUCUCUCUCUCCUCUCUUCUUUCUUUGUGCAUUCGGGGGCCCCUCCCUAUCUCUCUCUCUUUCUGUCUUUCCCCUCUCCUCUUUCUCCGUGCAUUCGGUUGGUGGCUAUAGUCAAAGGCUUCAACUAUGCCCCCCCUCUCUCUCUCUCUCUCUCUCUCUCUUUCUCUGUCUUUAUUCAUUCAAGGUAGUUUUUGCAGUGAUGGGCCAGACUCUCUCUUUCUCUCUCUUCAUGCAUUCAGGGUAGUUUCUGUAUUGAUGGACUAGACUCUCUCUUUCUCUCUCUUCAUGCAUUCAGGGUAGUUUCUGUAGUGAUGGGCCAGACUCUCUCUUUCUCUCUCUUCAUGGAUUCAGGGUAGUUUCUGUAUUGAUGGACUAGACUCUCUCUUUCUCUCUCUUCAUGCAUUCAGGGUAGUUUCUGUAGUGAUGGGCCAGACUCUCUCUCUCUCUCUCUGGUUUCUCUCUCUUGGAUAUAGGAGAGGUGAUUAACGUCUCCCCAUCUGUGUGAAUUUUGCAGCACACGGGGAUGAAGGGGUCCAUCGACCCGCUGCUGGAGGAGGCCGACAUCGAUAAAGAUGGGAAGAUCAGCUUGUUCGAAUUCCGCAGGCUUCUGAAGAACGCCAGCAUGGGCUCUCACAACGUUCUCUAG